UCUCAGUCUUUCAACAGCAGCCUUUCUCCUGACACUCGGUGAGUCCUCUCAGUACAAAGAGUUACAUACAGUUGUGUCUGUCGCUCUGUUACAAUGGCUACCCUCUCAGUGGCCGGGGGAGAGACUGCAUCCUCCAACACAGAACAUGUUCAGACGGAUAUAAAAUUUACUGUUGGUACCAGAAAGUCAAAACUCGCACUGGUACAAACAGACUUGGUCGUAAAAGCUUUGUCAUCGACUUUCCCUGACCAUGUCUACACGAUCAAAGCACGAGAUACGGCUGCAGGAGACAUUGACAAGCUCACCCCGUUCAAGGACAUGCCAGUCAAGAACUUGUGGACCCACGAACUCGAGAGCCUGAUGUCGCAAGGCGAAUUGGAUAUACUCGUUCAUUCCUUAAAAGAUGUGCCCACUCAACUGCCUCCCGGCUGCGAAAUUGGAGCUGUCCUUCCUCGAGAAGAUCCGAGAGAUGCAUUUGUGAUCAAGGCCGGUCGACCAGCGGUAGGUAUUCAAGACCUUCCCGCAGGGUCCGUCGUGGGAACUUCAUCUAUUCGCCGGACAGCUCAAAUCGCUUUGAAGUACCCCCACUUGAAGGUCAAGGAUGUCAGAGGCAACGUUGGCUCACGACUGUCCAAGCUGGACGCCGAUGAUGGUGCAUACGAUGCAUUGGUCUUGGCGGCCGCUGGUCUCAUACGACUUGACCUUGGAGAUCGCAUAACUCAGUACCUGGACUCCAAGAGUGGAAUGCUACAUGCGGUGGGGCAAGGUGCAAUCGGAAUCGAGAACAGAAUCGAAGACCGGCGGGUCCGGACAUCACUGGCUGCGAUAGAUCACCUCGACACUCACUUGGCUACGGCAACUGAACGAAGCUUGUUGAGAACGCUCGAGGGAGGAUGCAGUGCACCUCUUGGUGUGGAGACUUCAUGGGUACACAAUGGCACUGAGAGUAGACAACUACGAUUGCAGGCGAUCGUGGUUAGUGUCGAUGGAAAGGAGAGUGCCGAAAUCGAUGUCACUGAAACAGUGACAUCGAAGUCAGAAGCAGAGGCGUUCGGAAUCAGCGCUGCAUCCGACAUACUCAAGAAAGGCGCAGAUAAGAUCUUGUCAGAGAUCAAAGCCAAGCAGCCGACCACGGCGAUCGACCUCAAGGAGACAUAAAGUCUCCAAUGCCUCUUGCGAGAAGCCUGGGCCGAUGUACAAAAACGGGUCACAGAAAUGGCAUGCUAUUUCUGCUAGCCUCUAUUCAAUGUAUUGCCCGCUCCCUUGGGAUUAGCCUCGACAAACUCAUCCCAUUGACGAGCUUUCAUUGUUGCGGCGUCAACCUCUGCUAUGUUGUCCUCAUCAACAUCGGGCUUCUCGCCGUCAGUGUUACCACCCUCAAUGAUACCUCCCCUCUUCCUCUCUUCUUCGAGAUAUUCAUCUAUACUCAUGGUUGGGAGAUUGUGACUGGGCUUGAAGACGCCCUGUUGAAGUUGGGUGCGUUUGUCAGUCAGGGUGAAUGGUUGUAGGGGCUUUCCUUUUGAGCUCAGGAGUGGACCGCCUCGCCUUCCCAGUCCUCCUAGAGUAGUCGGGCCAUCAAGUCGAUCCGUAUACCCAUUCGACCUAGAAGGGGCACGGGCAUCAGGCGGCAGCCCUGCAGGAAUAGGAUUGGACUGUUCGAUCUGAGACAGAAUGUCAAGUUCCUGAGAAAUCAUGUCAAGCGAAGAAAACGUCCGGUUGACGUCAAGUCCAAUUUCUGCCAGGUAAAGACUGCGCAGCGUCUCAUCAUCGACAUUGAGUUUGUGAGACUCAUUUGUCAGAUACUGUUGUUGUCAGUGAUAGCGCAUGGAUGUAUUGAAAGAGCCAUACUCACCUCUAGUUUCUGUUUGAGCGCCUUUUCUUCCUGGAAACGGCGGAUCUUGG